AUGGCUGAACCAGUUGUACAGUCGGAAUCAAAUGAUGAAACUAGCUAUCGUGUUCUAUUUGUUGUUGAUGCAACUGGAUCUAUGACAGCAUUCUUGGACUCUCUUACAGUAUCCAUGUAUCAAGUUCUAUCAAUCAUGAAAUUAACUUCGGAGAAACAGUCCGAAAUUGGAAUUCUAUGGUAUCGUGACUAUGAUGAAUCUGUUGAGAAAGUCGCGGAUUUUUCUGGAUACUUUACUGAUUUCGAUAAAAUCUGCGCAUUUCUUAAAGAUUUAAGACCAUGCUAUGGAGAAGACAUACCAGAAGCAGCAAAAACAGCAUUAAAUAAAGCAUUAGAUAUGAAUUUAGUCGACACUAAUACGGUAGUAAUUAUUUAUACCGAUGCGCCACCACAUCAUCCAACAACUGGCGGCUCUUGA